UGCCCCAGCCGGCCCCGCCGCCGCCGCCGCCGCCGCCUCCCCCGCCCGGCGCGGCCGCACGAUGAAGCGGCAGAACGUGCGGACCCUGGCGCUCAUCCUCUGCACCUUCACCUACCUGCUGGUGGGAGCCGCCGUCUUCGACGCGCUCGAGUCGGAGCAGGAGACGGCGGAGAAGCGGCGGCUGGAGGCCAAGAGCCAGGAGCUCAAGAGCAAGUACAACCUCAGCGCCGAGAGCUACCGCGAGCUCGAGUGGGUCGUGCUCAAGCUCAAGCCGCACAAGGCCGGCGUCCAGUGGAAAUUCGCCGGCUCCUUCUACUUCGCCAUCACCGUCAUCACCACCAUAGGUACC